GUUACAUUACAUUUUAAAUAAAAACCGCUCUAAUCAAUAACUUUCAUCGAAAUGACAAGAAGUUUCAAUAUUACCAACAUUACGGUGAUCAGUGUAAAACAAAGGCCCACAACAAACAUAACUACACAAAUAAAAAGAAAGAGUCAUUUGUGCUUAUCAAUGCUAUUGCAAUCAUAUAUAAACCACGAGUUGAUCCAGAUACUGCAAAUAAAAUAAGCAUAAUGCCGGUCGACGACUACUAUAACGCUAACGAUUUGGAGUUGGAGAAUCCGCUGAAUUUCGGAGACCUACUCAACAAAGGUGCAAGAUUCACGUUACAGUCAAAUUUGCAGGAAUGUAACGAAGAUGACGAGCUUUUCCCCGAACUAAUGACUGGUGAAGAGGGAAUUCCAUUCGAACAGAACGAAGUUCUGUCGCCGUGGGACCAGCCGUUUGCGGAACUCAUACCGUUAAUGACGGAAUUGAAAUUAACUGAUAUGCUCGACGGCACUACGUACACGAUUUACAAGAGAAUUGUCAAGCCACCAGUUGAUAAAGUGGAAAUAAGCGGAAGAUGUCGAGUGACGGUGGACUACAAUGCAUAUGGUGAACGAAAGACUAUUCCUUUCGACUCAACCAGCAUGCGGGGUGUACCUUUUACUUUCGAAACUGAUGACAAAUCAAUUUUACCCGGAUUUUUGGAAGCUGUUGCUUCAAUGAAACGAGAAGAAGAAUCUCAAUUUAUAAUUCCAUAUCAACUGCUAUAUGGUAAGCAUGGAUGCGAGCCACGUGUUGAGAAGGAAGCAGACGCUCUAUUCGUGAUUCGAUUGAUUAAAUUCAUCCAUAUCGGCGAUGAAGACGCAACCGAAAAGAUUGUUAACAACGAAGACCGAAAGAAAUACAGCGUAAUGAUUAGCCACGUCAUGGACGUUAAGGCUAGUGGAAUCGAUUAUUUUCAACGAGGUGCUUAUGUAAAGGCAGCGUCAGCUUUCCAUAAAGCCAUCAAAAGUUUGAGUUUUUGUCGAUUGGCCAACGAAGAAGAAGAGAAAGAGUGUCAAGAACAUCUCAUUAAGUUACACGUGAAUGCAAUGACUGCAUACAAUAAGAUGGAUAAUCCAAGAAAGGCUUGCCUAAUUUUUAACGAUCUCAGUCGUAUUAGCGAUACGAAGACGAAUGUAAAGGCUCUUUUUCAACACGGUAAGGCAUUGAUUUCUUUGUGCGAAUAUGAACGGGCUAAGAGCUCAUUGAAAAGAGCCAACCAACUGAAGCCGAGCGAUAACGACAUUGUUAAUCAGUUGAAAAUUCUCAAUGAGAAACAUAAUACCUACAAGAACGCAGAAUUGAAUUUGUGGCGGAAGGCGUUCGGAAAUGAUGAACCUGUCGUGCCAGCACAGGCUUCUUAUGGGGUUACCGAGGAAUUCAAAGAGACUGUCCAACGUUUGGUCACGGAUUUCAACAAGAAUCCGAACGAAUCCAGAAAGCAUAUACCCAGCCAUUUGAACAAUGACGAGAAGGCCUAUAUACGAGAUUUGAUUAAAGAUUUCAACAUGAAAUUGGUUAUUCCAGAGGUUGUGCAGGGUAAGAAAAUUUGCUAUUUGAGCAAAUAAAGCAUUUGUAAUCUCAUUUUCUCAU